AUGAAUGAUUUCGGCGUCAUCGAGCUCGCCGGGGCCAAGACGACGUCUGCCCCCGGCUGGGCGUACGUCCCCGACACCCGCCUCGCCGCUGCCACCACCUCGGGCACCACCACCACCACCACGGCGAACCGCAAACGCGCACGAAAUGCCCCCGGCGGGGGGCUCACCCUCAGCGACCUCACGGCACGGCAGGAGAACAAGAUGCGCAAGGAGCUCGAGGCGCUGGACCGUGACGGCGGGCGCGACACCACGAUUCCGCUUCCUGGCAAAAGCGGACGGAGUAUGUACACCGACGCCCCGAAACUCGUCACAAGCCUCAGCAAGAGCUUUGUUCUUUUUCCUUUUCCUAUCUUUGCUAACGGCUAUGAUUGCGUCAAAACAGCUCAGCGAAAGCACACGGCCAAUGUGCGCAAAAUUAUGCAGUCGCAAAAGACGUUUGCCAACCACCUCGACGACUUUCUCGCGCUGCAGGCGCUGACGGAAUCCAACGCCGCGGCGGUCAGCAAGCGGUCCAGCGCCGCUGCCGCCGCCGCCGCUGCUUCGCGCAGCAAGGAUGCGUCGUCCGCCACGCCGGGGAUAGGCGGCGACUCACCGAUGCCUGAUGCUGCAGGAGAGGGGAGUAGCAGCAGCAACAACGAGCCCUCCACGAUGCUGGCCGCGCCGCACCGGCCUCCGCCGCUCGCGCACCCGGGCGACGUCGACCCGCUGCUGAUGAGCCGCGUGCCGCCACUGCCGACCGAGGCCGAGAUGAGACGGCUGCUGGCGGCGCCCCCGCUCAGCUAUGGCGAGGCGCGCGGGAACUGGACCGCGACGUAUCCGGUGAGGGUGUUUUGCGAGGUCUGCGGAUACUGGGGACGGGUCAGGUGCUUGAAGUGUGGGACGAGGGUGUGCGCACUCGAGUGCUUGGAGACGCAUCGCGAGGAGUGCGUGACGCGGUAUGGAAUAUAA